AUGGCCGGCCUUGUUGGAUAUGCAAGCAGCGAUGAUGAGGAAGAAAUACAAGAGAUGAAACCUCCUGUAUCUCAGGAUAAGCAAAGAGUGAACACUACAGAUGACAACAAAUUGCAAGGUCAAGAAGUAAAGGAGAAGACCAAUGCAUCGGCUUCUGAGUAUAAGAGUCUGGAUGGUGUUCCCAUCGGACCGGUUCAACAAAACGCUGUGCCGCUGGGACCUUCCCUACCACACAUGGAAGAAGCUGUUAUAGAUGAUCAAGACCCAGCAUCAAGACCUGCUUCACCAUACUCGAGCAAUCGUGCUCUUCUUCGUGACCUUACAUUACCAUCAGCACCUAACCUAAACAUUCCCCCGUCGCCCCCUGGAUCACCACCUCCUGGAACAAACAAGAAAUUUGAGAAAUUCAUCGAGCUCAAAAAGAAGGGAACUCACUUCAACGCCAAACUGGAGCAAUCGACUGCACUCAAAAAUCCCAGUCUGAUGGAUAAACUGAUGAGAUUUGUCGAAGUCGAUGAGCGCAGUCAGUAUUCAACUACAUUAGCUACCGAUUUGUGGAAUCCUGCAGCGUUUCCAGAAUGGGCGUUCAAAGAGAAGCUACGGAAGAGCCACGACAAAGUGUUGAAGGAGAAAGAAGCAGAGAAGACCCCUGGUACCAGGACGACCGUUGAAUUUGUCCCAUCGUCAACAUCGGCGGGCCAGGAUACAACAGCGAGAAGUGGACUUUCAAGAGGCGAGAAACGGAAAAGUGGCUGGAACUAA